GACUGACUGUUUUUAACCUUUAUUUAUUUUUCUAUUUUUAUUUUACACGCAUUAGAAUGGAAAAAUCUAACAACAGUAGUGAUAAUGCAGACGGAAAAAAUCAUAAAAAUGAGGAAAAAGCGACUACUUCUAAAGAAGACAGCGUAAAUCCACUUCGUGUUUCUCACAACAUGAAUGAUCUGAAAAUGCUCGAUUUCAAUUCUGCUGAUGACGUCAGGCAAACCAUGAAAGCUGUAUUAGCGAUUAAAUUAUCUCAAGGCGAUAGAGAAGAAAUUGGUGCAAUUAAAACGUCAAACAAUGUUAUUGAUGUCGAUUCGGCGAAAGCUGUUGGAAACCCUAAAAAUUCAACUAAUAAUUUACAUGCCAAAAAUGAAAAUAAUUACAUUAAUAAACAAAAUAAGAAUACUCAGUUACCUAAAAAUAAUAUGAAGAAUAUUAGGAAAAGGCCUGGGCGACCACCAAAAGCUGGGUCGUCGAUAAAAUUUAAAAAAGCAAGUGUCACAGCAUUGUAUAUAGGGAAAUUGUCAAAUGUAGUUGCCUUUAGAAACAGAUUCCGUGAAUUGGAUUCAGAAAGUGAGUCAGACAAUGACUCAGUUAUGAGCCUGUAUUAAAUUAAUUGAUGAAUUACAUACAUACAUACAUAUCUGUCACGCCUAUCUCCCAUUAGGCUAGACAGGAACAAUGGAACGCCAAAUGCUUCGGUUUGAACAAACCUCUUCCACAUUGAUGAAUUAAUUAUGAAAAAUUUUAAAGUAGAAGAUAUGCUACAAAUUAGUUUUUUUUUUUAUAUUAGUAAAAUUCAUUUUAUAUUUUAUACUUUCGGUAAAAUUACAUGUUUAUACUUUUAAUAAAUCCGUAUUCAAACAAGGGUAUUUGUAUUUUGAAAGAUGUUUAUUUUUAAUGAUCCACCAUGAAUUUUAGU